CAGAGAGAGAUUCAGCGCAGAGUUCCCGACAUGAGCGACAGUGCAGCCGCCGAAACGGCUCCUCCAGCCUCCGCCAGCACCAAACCCAAGUCUCCCAAGAAGAAGAAGGCGACAGCUCCCAGGAAGAAACCAGCCGGUCCCGGGUUGGGCGAGCGGAUUGUGAAGAUUGUCGGGGAGAACAGCGAUCGGAAGGGAACGUCUCUGGUCGCUAUAAAGAAGGCGCUGCAGAGAAGCGGGGUCAAUGUGGAGAAGCAAAAUGCACAGAUCAGGAUGGCUGCCAAGAGGUGCCUGGCGAAAGGCUCCCUGGUUCUGGUGAAGGGCCAGGGCGUCUCCGGCUCCUUCAAACUCGCAAAGAAUCCAGUCAAGACAAAAAAAAAGACUCCCGUGAAGAAAGUGAAAAAGACCAAGAGCCCCAAGGCCGCAAAGCCGGCCCCGAAAUCGGCGAAGGCAAAGGCCAAGCCCAAAAGAAUGGCCAGAACCAAGCAGACAGCGCGCAAAUCCACUGGAGGGAAAGCUCCCCGCAAGCAGCUGGCGACCAAAGCGGCCCGCAAGAGCGCUCCGGCCACGGGCGGAGUGAAGAAGCCUCAUCGCUACAGGCCCGGCACGGUGGCUCUGCGGGAGAUCCGCCGCUACCAGAAAUCCACCGAGCUGCUGAUCCGCAAACUGCCGUUCCAGCGCCUGGUGCGGGAGAUCGCUCAGGACUUCAAGACCGACCUGCGCUUCCAGAGCUCGGCCGUAAUGGCCUUGCAGGAGGCCAGCGAGGCUUACCUGGUGGGGCUGUUUGAGGACACCAACCUGUGUGCCAUCCACGCCAAGCGGGUCACCAUUAUGCCCAAAGACAUCCAGCUGGCGCGGCGGAUCCGCGGGGAGCGCGCCUAAACGGAGCGUGCCCGGCCCUGCACAUUCACCCCGAGAAACGCAACGGCUCUUUUCAGAGCCACUAAACUGUCCCGAGAGAGCAGCAAUCGAUUGGCAAUGUUGGUUACUUUAUUAUGCGCCCAGUUUUUUUCUGCUGUUGUAUUGUGUCGUUUCGUCUGUUAUUAAACAAUUUCAA